AUGUCCGAAUCCGUAAAAAAGUUUACGUUGCCUGUUUGGCUUAGGCUCCCAAACUUGCCAUUGGAAUACUGGGUUGAGGCAAACCUGGCGAGGUUGGUUGUCGGUGUUGGGGAACCAUUGUUCAUGGAUGAACAGACCAAGCAGUACAAUAGAUGUGCUUUUGCAUGUGUCUGCAUCCUCUUGGACUUAUCCAAGAGAUUGCCUAAAGGUGUGUGGGCUCAAGGUCUGGGUGGAACCUUUUUUCAGCCAACAGAGUUUGAAGGAAUUCCACUAAUUUAUUUAGAUCGUGGUAAGGUUGGACACAAGGCUGAGGGAUGUAGGGAGCCAAUGCAACAGGUAAGGAAGAGUUUUCAUGUACAGAAUUAUCCUUGGGCUGCUAAUUCCGGACAGGGGAAGGAGGCAGAGUUGGAUCGGGCUGGAAGUGCAAACCAGGCCAUUAGAACUGGGGUGUUGAAUGCGAGCUCUUCAGAUGUUGAUAAAGAAUAUGGAGAAUGGACUAUUGUGACUAGAAGAAGAAGAAGGCUAAAUCUUUUUAGAGCUGGAAUGAAAUCAUAG